CUCAACAAAAGAAGAACCCAACAACCAAUUCAGGAGUGGUAAAAAAAAUAAACCCAGCAAUAUUUAUCUGACCAGUAAGUAAAUUGUCCCCGUUGUUGUUAUGGGUGCAGAAGGGGAAGUGAAGACGGUUUGUGUAACUGGUGCAUCUGGGUUCAUCGGGUCAUGGCUCACCAUGAGGCUGCUCGAGCAAGGCUAUACGGUUCGAGCCACCGUUCGCGACCCCGGCGAUGAGAGGAAAGUGAAGCAUCUGGUGGAGCUGCCAAACGCAAACACCCACUUGACGUUAUGGAAAUCCGACCUUUCCGUCCCCGGCAGCUUCGACGACGCCAUCCACGGCUGCUCCGGCGUCUUCCACGUCGCCACUCCCAUGGAUUUCGAUUCCCCCGACCCCGAAAAUGAGGUGAUAAAGCCCACGGUGGACGGCGUACUGGACAUCAUGAAGGCCUGCGCCAAGGCCCGGACCGUGAGGAGAAUAGUGUUCACUUCAUCCGCCGGCACCGUGGAUGCGGAAGAGCACCCGAAGCCCAUCUACGACGAGAACAAUUGGAGCGAUUUGGAGUUCAUCCAACGCGUCAAAAUGACCGGAUGGAUGUAUUUCGUGUCCAAGAUUUUGGCAGAGAAAGAGGCGUGGAAAUUUGCUAAGGAGAACGACUUGGAUUUCAUUAGCAUCAUACCAACUUUGGUGGUUGGUCCAUUCAUUAUGCAGUCCAUGCCUCCCAGCCUUAUAACUGCACUCUCCCUAAUUACAGGUAGGGCCUCCAAACCAACAGGAAACAAACCACAUUAUUCGAUAAUAGAGCAAGGCCAUUUCGUGCACCUGGACGACCUCUGCAUGUCUCAUAUCUUUCUGUUCGAGCAUCCGAACGCUGAGGGGCGUUACAUCUGCAAUAGCGACGACAUCAACAUUUACGAGCUUGCCGAAUUACUCGAAGAAAAAUAUCCGAAGUAUGAAAUCCCGUCAAGGUUUGAGGGCAUCGAUCGAGGCGAAUUGAAAAAAGUGAAGUUCUCGUCGGAGAAGCUGAAGAAGUUGGGGUUCGAGUUCAAGUAUGGAUUAGAGGAAAUGUUUCGAGGAGCUGUGGAUACUUGCAGAGAAAAGGGUUUGAUUCCAUUGAGUUCCAAGAAAGGAAAAGACGAGGGGGAGGAGAAGCUUUUGUAGUUGGAAAGAUUUGGUGUCGAGAACGAAGUUGUGAUUCCUUAAUUGAAAGUGGAAUGCCAAAGGAUUUGUUUGCUUGUCUUUUAAAUUUGGUGGACAUCGAGAAAUCGUAGGAUAACAAAUUUUAUUGUGAGAGAAACGAGCAAUUAUUUUGUUUAUAUUUUUGUUGAUUCAAAGUUCCAACUCAGAGUUCUGGUUAAUGUUCUUGUCUCCAUUGUUAAA